GUAAUUGAAUCAUCAAAGAGCUAAAAUUCUGCCCAUUUUUUUGAUUCUCCAUAGAUGCAAAGUCAUCACUGCAACUCCUCUUCAUCAAAGUGGUUUUUGAAAUCAGUUUAAUUCAUGCAACUAAAGCGAUUGAUGGGUAUAUCUCAACAAUUUUAGUUCAUUCCAUGCUCAAGAUAUUUCCUGUCACAAUUUAUAAUCUUGUUUCUCUCUCUCAAUUUCUUCAAUCAGUCUCGCACACAAAAAACACCACUACACACACACACACCCCUCAACCACCGUUUCCUUGUAUGGCUAAAACUCUCAAUAAUUGUUUACCAAUAUCUUACUACUUCCUAUUGCAUGUCCUUUUCCAUCCACAAAUUUUUGAAAAAUCUGUGUGCUUUUUUUUAGUAUUAUCAAGACCUUGAAUUUUCUCCAUGGUUAUUAUGUUUCUUGCUGCUUAUGGGUUGAAACUCGAAACCGUUAAUUGAGCUUCCCGAAAGCUGAUAGCGACACAUGGGAUUGGGAUUGAGGUUGAGAUUGGGGUUGAGUUUUGGGCAUAAAGAUUUAAUCUUUGAGGGGAAGUUGCUGUAUUUGAGAUGGAGUCACAUCUGGGAUUGGGUGACGAGUCAUUUGACUUGAGAUACUCUGUGUGGGCGAGGGAAGUUCUGAAUGAACUCCCUGAUUGUUUUACUAUAACCGAUCCUUGUGUUCCUGGGCACCCUAUUGUGUUUGCUUCAAAUGGAUUCUUGAAAAUGGUUGGUUACUCUAGAGAGGAGGUGGUUGGGAGGAAUGGGAGGAUGUUCCAGGGCCCGGAGACAGAUAGGGGGUCGGUUAUGGCGAUUCGCGAGGCAAUUAGGGAAGAGAGGGGUGUGCAGAUCAGUUUGUUGAAUUAUAGGAAGGAUGGGACCCCCUUUUGGAUGUUGUUCCACAUGUGUCCUGUUUUCAGUAAGGAGGAUGAUAGGGUGGUUAAUUUUGUGGGGGUUCAGGUGCCUCUCUCGAGGAGGCCUAGGUUGUCUGGACUCCGCCUCAGGAGUGAGUGUGAAGAUGGGGGCGGGGUUCGUGAGACUGUUUUCAGGUGUUGUAGGAGGGAAGUUUGUUCGGAUUCAAUCUUGGAACAGGGACGUGCAUCCUCUGUGGAGUCGGUUUCAAGCCUUGAUGAUCAAGAAGAUGAGAUGAAUGAGCCUUGUGAAGCAAAUGAGUGGGAGAAAACAAAGGCAAAUGCUGCAAUUAACAAUAUCUUGUCUGUUCUGAUAAACUACAGCGAGUUUACAGGCAAAUUCGUCGCCAGAAUAAGAUGUUGUCCAACUGGAAAUGCACAGCUUGUUUCCUCCUUAAGUAUAUCUCUCGGUAGAAUCAAACAAAGCUUUGUAUUAACGAAUGCGCUCUUACCUGACAUGCCUAUAGUGUAUGCGAGUGACGCUUUCAUGAAACUGACUGGCUAUGCUAGGCCUGAAGUACUGGGGCGAAAUUGCCGGUUCUUGAGUGGGACUCAAACAGACCCCAGUACACAGUUUGAGAUAAAGGAAUGCAUUCGAAACGAGCAACCUUGUACAGUACGUAUCCUAAAUUACAGAAAAGAUAGGACAUCUUUUUGGAAUUUUCUUCACAUUUCUCCAGUACGGAAUGCAUCGGGAAAGGUAGCAUUCUUUGUCGGAAUCCAGAUAGACGACCAUUGCAAUAAUGAUGCUAGACACGGGUUAAGCCCGGAGAUGAGACAACUCAGUGUCGUGGGCGCCGUCAAAGUUGCUGUGAGGGGGUUGUCAAUGGGCGCCAGUACGUCAUAGUAGGAGAAGAACCAUCUUAUAUCAACUGCAGCAACAGGAUUUUUCUUUUCAUUUGUUGUUUAACCUUGACAAUAUUGGAUUAGUCAUAUGCGAUCACUUAAAUGUGAUUUUAUCUUUGUUUUUUUAUGAUAUAUACUACUCCCUAUAUUGAGAAUUAUUGUGGUUAA